AUGUAUCUCAUAACAUUUCUCGUGGCGCUAUUUUAUGUUGCAACAAGUGUGCAAGAGGAAUACUGCCAGUUGAAGACUGAUUCAUGUAGCCAAGAUGUAACUGAAAAGUAUUUAUUUUACGAUGUUAACCCACCUGAAGGAUUUAAUUUACGUCGCGACGUUUAUAUGCGAUUUGCUAUAAUGCUCGCGGAAGCUCAGGGAACCGGUAAACGGCUUAACUGGAGGCUAGUUCUACCUCCAUGGUACAACCUGUAUCAUUGGAAAGCGUCAAGUUCUAAAAGUCUUCCUAUUCCGUGGAGUGCCUUCUUUGAGGUGGAGUCACUUCAGUCAUACGCACCAGUCGUAGAAUUAUAUAGUAUAUUUGAGAAGACUAAAGAUAAGGAACUAAUACUGGAUAGAGUUUAUGUUUUACAAAAUUAUGCUGAUGCAUUUAAAGAUGGUGUUUUCACUGAGAAGUGGGAAGUGAGUGAUGGCUGUAAAUAUACUGGAUACUGGGGUUACACAAAUGUAACAUCUAAUGAGGUAGUAUGCAUAAAUUUUCAAGGCAAAGUCUCCAAGUUAUGGGAAAUAAUAUCGCUACAUCCGCAAGACAAGAAUGUCAUGUUUGCUCAUGGAGAGAUACCUCUACAUGAUAGUUAUGGGACUAAAAAUUACUGGGACUGUAGACGAAGUAUGAGAUUUAAUGAAAAUCUCAUAUCAAGAGCUGAAAAGUUCAUAUCUAAGCAUUUAGAUUGUCAUACAAAGCUUUGUAAUAAUUACAUAUCUAUACACUGGAGGCGGCAGGAUUUUGCACAAUAUCGCAAAAAAGACGUGCCCUCAAUUAAGGGUACAGCAAGACAAAUUAACAAAGCCGUAAAAAAGUUUAACUCAUAUAUAGAUAAAGUUUUUAUAGCCACAGAUGCAGCAAUAACAUCUUUACGGAAUUUGGAACUAGAGUUAACACAACUUGGAUACUCUGUACAUUACUUUAUACCAACAAAGACUGAAAUUGAGAAGUACAAGGAUGGUGGAAUAGCUAUAAUCGAUCAAAUCAUUUGUUCUCAUGCAGCGUACUUUAUCGGUACUCAUGAGAGUACAUUUACUUUUAGAAUACAGGAGGAAAGGGAGAUUUUGGGGCAUGACAGUAGUACAACAUUCAAUAGACUGUGUCCAGAUUCAGGUCCCUGUGAAAAGCCUUCAAAAUGGACUAUCGUUCAUUAG